CCCUACUUUCUUCAUUUUUAAAGUGAGGGUUUAAAACUAUGCAUCAAAUCGUUCGAUCUCGUCUUCUUCCGUUUAUCUCCAAGAGCUGUAGAACCUUCUGUUCUAAUGUUUCUGCAAAUCCUACUAAGGAACCUAUAGUCGCUUCUGCAUCUCUUCUAAAUGAUCAACCUCCUCCGUCUUCUUCAACUCCUCCUCCUCCAACUACAACCCAGAAUAAAUCAUGGAAUUUCCUCAAGUUUGGAAUUUUCGGAGCUCUUACUACUGCUGCGGCCACUGCCGGUUAUGCUACCUACGCUUACAGCUUGGACGAAGUGGAUCACAGGACAAAGGGUAUACGGGAAUCUACAAAUUACACUGUGGAGGAUGAUGCGUCUGCUCUAGAUAAAUUUCAGGCUGUGCUUUAUUCAACUGCGAUGACAGUGCCUGCCAAAACAAUUGAGUUGUACCUGGACCUCAGGAGAUCAAUUGAAGAGCAAGUUAAGGGAUUUACCGAACCAUCCUCAGACAAGCUACUUCCUGACUUACAUCCUCAAGAGCAGCAUGUAUCUACACUUGUUCUUGAUCUAAAUGAGACACUAAUAUACUCUGAUUGGAAGCGUGACAGAGGCUGGAGAACAUUCAAGAGACCUGGAGUUGAUGCAUUCUUGGAGCACCUUGCCCAAUUUUAUGAAAUUGUUGUCUAUUCAGACCAGCUGAGUAUGUAUGUAGAUCCUAUCAUGGAGAGACUUGACAAGAAGGGAUGCAUACGGUAUAGGCUAUCAAGGUCUGCAACUAGAUACCAAGAUGGAGUGCACUAUAGGGACCUUGCAAAACUGAAUAGGGACCCUUCAAGGGUUCUCUAUGUGAGUGGACAUGCAGAUGAGUCUUGCCUUCAGCCAGAAAAUUGUGUUCCAAUUAAGCCUUGGAAGCUUGAAUCAGAUGAUACUGCACUUGUGGAUCUUAUUCCAUUUCUUGAAUAUGUGGCCCGCCACAGACCUGCUGAUAUAAGACCAGUUCUAGCCUCUUAUCAAGGACGGGACAUUGCUAAGGAAUUUAUUGAGCGGUCGAAAGAGCAUCAGAGGCGGAUGCAAGAACAGAAGCAGCAUGGCCAUUUUUGGCGACGUUAAGGAAGAAGAGGAAUAGCUGAGUUACGAAGAAUUUUAUUCCAUGGGCAAGUGGGGCAAAUAAUUUUUAUUUUAUCUGAUGAUUUGGAUCUUCUUUUCUUGCAAUUCCUAGGGAUGUUCAGCUUGAGAGAGGGUUCUGACAGCUCAUUUUGAUCAUGGUGCCAUAUCCUUAUUUCGCCUAUUGAUAAUUUACUAAUAGGACGAAAAGAGGGGUCAUUCUUUUGGGAAGGUCUUAUUGUCUUGUUGCUCCUUGUAUGUUGGGAUGAAUUUUGACUGGAGUUCUUUACAAAUUGCCUUUCAGAAAAAUUUUCCAGAAGUUAUAACUGAUGAUUUGUUUGCCA